AUUAAUGGAUACAUCUAACAUGUAUAUCUGACAUUAAAUAUGAUAGACCAGCAGCUGGAUCCAAACCAACUAAACAAACUUUUGAUCAAGCACCUGUUACAAGACAAGUGUAAAUAAUGCAUUUAUAUUCAGAAUCUAAAAUAAAUCUGAUAUUUUCGGAGUCAAUUCUCCUGCUCCUGCUUAAUAACAAUCAAGGCAGAGUGUUCGUCCUAAAACAGAUAUAUUUAGUACGGAAACCUAUGCAACCAAGCAAUAAGAAGUACUAGAUAUUGAUAUCAAAGGUUCGAUAAAAUAAAACCUUUCAAUCUCAAAUUUUCUCAUCAGAACCCAUUUAAAAUGCUCCUCCUCCUGCAAGAAAUACUUAAACUUUUGAAACAUCACAAUAAGAAGUUAAAAGAUAUCAAAAAAAGAAUAAUAAUAAUAGAUAAGUUGAUCAUGGAAAAGAAUUCUUAUUUGGUAAAAGUGGUAAAUGAAAUUAAAUAUUAUGAGAUUUUGAUGAAUAUAAAUCAUUAAAGAGAGCAGUCACAUUAAAUGAAUUUAAACCGAAACUUGCUUAUGAUCCAAAUAAUAGGAGAAAUAAAGAACUUUAUGGAAAUGAAAUUGCUAGAGAACAUCUUCCCACCAAAGAGGUCAAUCUAGAAGUUUCAAGUCCUUAGAAAACUAAAAAAUCAUCUUAAAAAUAAUAAGAUUAGAAUCCAAGCAAUAGAAAAUUGAUGGAAAAUCAAUCAAGUGUUUUUGGCGAUAGUCCCAAGUAAUUUUUAAUGAAAUUCAUUUAGCAAGGCAAUUCAAGGUUAAAAGGUUGAAAAACUAACAGCAUCAACUUAAAAAUGGAGUACUGUUGGAGGUCAGAGUAACAAUUAAGUGAAAGAAUUUGAUCCAGAAACUUAUGCGAAAAAUAGAAAGGAAGCAGAAUUGUAAUCCAGUGUGUUUGGUGAAUAAUCAGUCAAAGCAUAAACUAUCUCAAUCUCAGAAUCAAAAGAGGAAUCUGAAACUCAAUAAUGUAAGUAGAAAAUUUAACUUUAGCUCAAUCAGAACAAUAACAAUCUUAAAAAUAAAAAAAACCUAAAGAGAGAUUAAUUCCUAAUAAUUAAACCUGGCAAUAAACAGACUCUGUAAAAAACAAGAGAGAUUUUGAUCCCACAUAGUCUCAAGUAAAAGAUGAAAUAGAUCCCUCAUAAAAGAAAAUGGAUAUUCUUAAGUCUUCUAUGGACACUCAUUAAUUUGAACCAUAAUAAAUUCCAGCUAAUUAAAAAAUAUCGAAUAAAAGUCUUAAAGUAAUUAUUCAAAUGUAAUGAAUUUUAGUAAAAAAAAGACAUUAUUCAAAGAGAAGAAAAAAUAACUAAGGAGAAAUCAACUAAAACAACAAGUAAAAAUAAAUGA